AAAAAAACACAUACAGCGAGAGACGAAAGGCGUAGAAGUCGCUUUUUAGGGGCGGCAAGAGUUUGGAGCGAAGGAAAGCAGCGUUUAGGUGUAUAACUAGCUAUGGAUUCAUCUGUUCCAAGUGUUGGUGAAGUUCAUGAAGUGCUGGUAGCUUUCCAGAAAAAUUUGGAGUGUUCAAUCUGUUUGGAGGGGUUGAAAGAGCCAGCCGUAACAAAAUGUGGUCAUACCUUUUGCAGGUUCUGUAUUUUGAAACUGCUUACAUACAAGGAAGGUACAACACGGUGUCCACUUUGCAAUGCCAAAGUCACUAAGAGAAGUCUGAGGGACGAUAUCUAUCUUAAGGAAGUAUCCAAAGGAAUUCUAGAAACCAUCCAUGCUUUUGAGCGCGAUACUGGACGGAAAUUUACAGAUGAUUUGUGUUACCCCAAGAAAGUGUUAGAAACUGUUUCUGCUUCAUCCAAAUAUAAAGAACAACCGAUUAUUAAUUGUAAGGGAUAUAGAGAUAGAUCGAAACAUAUGAAGAAAGAAGAAAAGAGAAAUACUGAAUCGGAUCAUAACCCAAUCUUGUCACAGAACAAUAAAAAUGAAUCAAAAUAUUUCUUCAGAAACAAAAGAAAUUCUAGUAAAACUAUGGUUUUGGAAAUCAAUAAGGAGCACAGAUCAGUGUCAUCUGAAGAUACCUUUCAGGAACAGAACAUAGUCAACUGGAUGGAUUGUGAAAGUCCUUCCUCAUCUCAAGUUGAUAAAGACUAUAUUAUGAAUUGGAGCCAAAGUUCUUGCCACAUAGAACGUCCUGAAACAAGUGCCAAAAUUAAACCAUCCCUAAAUAUAGGUAUAUGUGGAGCCUUACAAGGGAGAAAACUAGGAAGCCGAGAUGAUACCAAAACAGUCAAUGAAAACUUAGAAGUUGUUGAGGGAAACGUGACUGUCAAACAGCAACAGGAUGUAUCUUUUCAGAUAGAUAAUGGAGACAAAACUCUCACUGAACAAUCUGCUGGAAAUUUAUCAGUUGUAUGUGAAAAUAAGGAACGCCAGUUACAGGCCCAGACUAUACCUGACUGCUGUGUGAGUGAAAGUUCUUGGAGGAAAAUGAGACAAAGCUUGGAUAAAGUCAUGCAUGAGUUGGUUUCUAAAAGCAAGGAUAUCCUUUCUUCUAAUUCACUGGUGAAUGGUUGCGAUGAAAAGCUUCUUCAGGAUCCAGAUCCAGAUUCCUCAGAUUCUGAGAUCUCUCAACCGCUGAGAAAGGUAUGGGCACAAAGGAGAAUACCAAUAGAUUUCAACGAUUGCAUUAAAAGUCAGGAUGUGAAAGCAAGCAAUAAGGAAUUAGUUAGAAAAAGAGAAGACCCUGUUUUGGAAAAUAGUGAUCAAGCCUUUGAUGCUGUUAAAAAAUCCCCAGCAGAAGAACCGGAAGCUGCUUUUUCAAAAACAGCCUGUGUUGUGGAAGCAGUGUCCAUGUUGAAAGGAGAUGGAGAUAAGCAAACUCAGAGUGAAUGCCACGUGUUACCAGAAUUGAACCUAACAGAUACGAAAAACAAAAAAAGUUAUUUGAACAAGAGGAGUAAAGAAUUAAUCAAACCACUUGGUAAAUGGCAAGUGUUGAAUAAAAGCCCUAUGCUCUCUGAGGAGACCCAGGAAGCACUGGAUAUUAAGGAGCUGAGAAAAAUGAAUCAAGACCAGAUGAGAGUCAAAUGGAACAGGAAGCGUCAGUUGUUCACAAAAGAUGCCAGGAGACAAAGUGAACCAACUAAGAGAAAAAUAAAUGUGUAUGAGAGAGAUGGUAUCAAAACUGUCAAUGAAAACUUAGAAGUUGUUAAGAGAAACAUGACUGUCAAACAGCAACAGGAUUUAUCUUUCCUAGAUUCCUGCAUGGAACAACCUGGUGUUAGUUACCGACAGGAUGAUAGAUGUUCCUUUUUCUUCAGGACAACACAAGUACAAUUGGCUGGUGAAGCCAUGAAUAUGAGUACAAAUGAACAGAUAGAUAAUGGAGAAAAAACUAACACUGAACAAUCUGCUGGAAAUUUAUCAGUUGUAUGUGAAAAUAAGGAAUGCCAGUUACAGGCCCAGACUAUACCUGACAGCUGUGUGAGUGAAAGUUCUUGGAGGAAAAUGAGACAAAGCUUGGAUAAAGUCAUGCAUGAGUUGGUUUCUAAAAGCAAGGAUAUCCUUUCUUCUGAUUCACUGGUGAAUGGUUGCGAUGAAAAGCUUCUUCAGGAUCCAGAUCCAGAUUCCUCAGAUUCUGAGAUCUCUCAACCGCUAAGAAAGGUAUGGGCACAAAGGAGAAUACCAAUAGAUUUCAACGAUUGCAUUAAAAGUCAGGAUGUGAAAGCAAGCAAUAAGGAAUUAGUUAGAAAAAGAGAAGACCCUGUUUUGGAAAAUAGUGAUCAAGCCUUUGCUGCUGUUAAAAAAUCCCCAGCAGAAGAACCGGAAGCUGCUUUUUCAAAAACAGCCUGUGUUGUGGAAGCAGUGUCCAUGUUGAAAGGAGAUGGAGAUAAGCAAACUCAGAGUGAAUGCCACGUGUUACCAGAAUUGAACCUAACAGAUACGAAAAACAAAAAAAGUUAUUUGAACAAGAGGAGUAAAGAAUUAAUCAAACCACUUGGUAAAUGGCAAGUGUUGAAUAAAAGCCCUAUGCUCUCUGAGGAGACCCAGGAAGCACUGGAUAUUAAGAAGCUGAGAAAAAUGAAUCAAGACCAGACGAGAGUCAAAUGGAACAGGAAGCGUCAGUUGUUCACAAAAGACGCCAGGAGACAAAGUGAACCAACUAAGAGAAAAAUAAAUGUGUAUGAGAGAGAUGGUACCAAAACUGUCAAUGAAAACUUAGAAGUUGUUGAGGGAAACAUGACUGUCAAACAGCAACAGGAGUUAUCUUUUCUAGAUUUCUGCAUGGAACAACCUGGUGUUAGUUACCGACAGGAUGAUAGAUGUUCCUCUUUCUUCAGGAUAACACAAGUACAAUUGGCUGGUGAAGCCAUGAAUAUGAGUACAAAUGAACAGAUAGAUAAUGGAGAAAAAACUAUCACUGAACAAUCUGCUGGAAAUUUGUCAGUUGUAUGUGAAAAUAAGGAAUGCCAGUUACAGGCCCAGACUAUACCUGACAGCUGUCUGAGUGAAAGUUCUUGGAGGAAAAUGAGACAAAGCUUGAAUGAAGUCAAUGAGUUGUUUUCUAAAAGCAAGGAUAUCCUUUCUUCUAAUUCACUGGUGAAUGGUUGCGAUGAAAAGCUUCUUCAGGAUCCAGAUUCAGAUUCCUCAGAUUCUGAGAUCUCUCAACCGCUGAGAAAGGUAUGGGCACAAAGGAGAAUACCAGUAAAUUUCAACGAUUGCGUUAAAAAUCAGGAUGUGAAAGCAAGCAACAAGGAAUUAGUUAGAAAAAGAGAAGACCCUGUUUUGGAAAAUAGUGAUCAAACCUUUGCUGCUGUUAAAAAAUCCCCAGCAGAAGAACCGGAAGCUGCUUUUUCAAAAACAGCCUGUGUUGUGGAAGCAGUGUCCAUGUUGAAAGGAGAUGGAGAUAAGCAAACUCAGAGUAAAUGCCACGUGUUACCAGAAUUGAACCUAACAGAUACGAAAAAUAAAAAAAGUUAUUUGAACAAGAGGAGUAAAGAAUUAAUCAAACCACUUGGUAAAUGGCAAGUGUUGAAUAAAAGCCCUAUGCUCUCUGAGGAGACCCAGGAAGCACUGGAUAUUAAGGAGCUGAGAAAAAUGAAUCAAGACCAGACGAGGGUCAAAUGGAACAGGAAGCGUCAGUUGUUCACAAAAGACGCCAGGAGACAAAGUGAACCAACUAAGAGAAAAAUAAAUGUGUAUGAGAGAGAACUGAAACAAUCUAUUUCUUUUUCAGAAACAAUGCUAUCUUCCUCUGUAACAGAAGUUGACUCCUGUGUCCUGCAGAAAAAUAUGAAGAAAUCAAAGUCUUAUUCAUAUACCAGCAUGAUUGAUAAACUGCACCUAUGUGAUGUAGACAUGGUUUAUGCUAACCAUGAAAAGUUUCCUCAUGUGAUUGGGAAAGACAUUCUGAAUAUUGAAGAAACUGCAGAGAACCACAAUGCAGAUUCCCAAGACAGGAGCUCAUGCUUGCAGUUUCAUCCUGGAAAGGUAGAACAAACAGUUUUCAAGGAUAAGCAGGUCGUGAUACAUCAACUUGAUAAAUAUGCAAUUAGUUCUGAAAUAAUACAGAGUGAUGGGAUUUGCACAGAUAAUUGCAAGUCCCCUGAAACCAACAAUAAAGCUAAAGGGAGUUGUGAAUUGAAUCUGGAAACUGAGAGUGAACUGGAUACAGGUUUCAUGCAGAAUAUAUUUGGCUGCUGCAAACGCCAGUCAUUCUUGCUACGUCCAAGUGCAGUAAAUGAAUUGGCUGUGGAUAUUAAAUAUUUGCAACGGCUAAGCCCUGACAAAGGGGAUAAAGAUGGAACAUGCAAAGAGAAAUGUGAUUUUUCUUGUGACAAGAAUAAAAGUACCUCUAUCCAAACACUAACAUUUUCUACAUCCAGUUUUUCUGAAAAUAGCAGUCUGCAUGUUACAAGUUUCAGCCAUAUUAAUAGGAGUAGUUCUGGUUCAGUCCACUUUCAAGAAGCAAAAUUCAAAGAUAUUGAAAACAAAAAAAUGGAUCUGAAUCCUCAGACAGAAUUAAUGAAGAAACAUUAUUUAAAUUCUGUACAAUUUUUAUUUGGAUUCACCAAUGCUGAAAAGAAGAACCCCAUGGAAGAAAAGCAACUGAACAGUGACACAGAAAAAGCUGUUGAUGUUUCUAGCACUGGUGGGAUUAAGAGCGUGAUUCCCCAACUGAAUUUAGAAGAGCAUCAGCAUUUUGAACUGUCAGAGACACCCGACAACUUGCUGGACCCACCUACCAAAAAUAAAAAGGGUUCACCAAAUCUUUGGGAUAAGAAUGACAUCUUGGCCAUGGCUGCUAAAGUAGACAAGCAAACCACUAAUGGGACAGAUCUGGACAGCAAUAACAAAUGCAGUCCCACGUUGAAGAGUCAGGAGUUGGUUUUGACUUACCAGAAAUUGCUACAGAAGCUGCCAUCCUCAGAAGAGGAUUCUGGUGAAGAUGAAAAGCUUCCUUGUUUUCAGGCACUAAUAAAUAUGCAAAGCACACAAUCGCACCCAGUAAAAGAGAAGGAGAUACCAGAAGAGGUGCUAGGAUCAAAGAGCAGCAGCAGAAGUUGUUUCAAACGCAAAAAAGAAGAUAUCUGCCAAAGCCAAGAAUCAGAAUUCUCUCUGAAUUUAUUUUCCUCUCAGUCAAAUGUAUCUGUGAUCUCUGACAAGACUUGUAAUUCAAAGGAUUUAAUCCCAUUCUCUAAUUCCAAAGAGAAAUUGCCCAGUCUCAGUGAGAAUAACAAAGACAUUUCACCUAGUGAUAAAGUCUCUAUAGAUGCCGAGCAACUAAAAUGUGAGCAAGAAGACUAUGCACAUUCAGAAUCCAAUUUAGGUGAAGAAAUGAUGCCCUAUGCCAGUGAGGCAACCCCUCUGGAAGAUUCAUUAGGUCAAUUCUCCCAGAGUGAAAUUCUCACCACACAGCAAAGGGAUGCUAUGCAAAAUAACUUAAAGCAACUGCAGCAGAAGAUGGCUAUCAUUGAAGCUGCCCUCAAAGACGGAAGCCAGAGUGUUGGCUCUGAAGGAUGCUCACUGGAAAGAGAGGAAACUGAUUUCAAAAGAGAGCAGACAGAAAAAAGAAAGGAAAUGCAUAGUGUAUUGGAAAAACCAGUCUCUCCCUUGGCACAUACCACCUGCUGUAACACAAAGAAAAGGAAAAGAAAGAGUCUAAUUUUGACUGGAGGGCAAAAAAUGUCUCUGGUAGGAUCUGGUUUAAACCAGAGUGAAUUGAAAUUAGUACGUAAAUUUGCCAAGAAAACUAAGAGCACUUGGUCUAAUACAAUUACUGAAAAAACAACCCAUCUAAUAAUGAAAACAGAUGACAGUCUGGCCUGUGAGAGAACCCUGAAAUACUUUAUAGGUGUUGCUGCAAAAAAAUGGGUAUUGAGCUACCAGUGGAUUAUACAUUCAUUCGAAGCAGGAAGAGUUCUUAAAGAGGAAGAUUAUGAAGUGAGAGGAGAUAUAGUCAAUGGGAGAAACCAUCACGGACCUAAAAGAGCAAGAGAAUCACCUGGUGGAAAGCUUUUCCAAAGAUUUGAGAUUUGCUGCUAUGGGCCAUUCACUGGCAUGCUCCCAGAACAACUGGAAUGUAUUGUACAAUUCUGUGGCGCCACCGUUGUGAAGCAACCUCACUUAUUUACACAUGCAACGGAUUCCACUGCUGUGAUAGUUGUUCAGCCUGAUGCAUGGACAGAAGAAAGCACCUGCCAAGAGCUCCCGCUGCAAUGCAGCAUUGCUGUAGUUUCACGUGAGUGGGUGCUGGACAGUGUUGCCUACUAUCAGUGCCAGCCAUUCAGUGACUACAUCGUUGCACAGGAACCAUCUUCCAUGUCUGAGUAAUAAAGCUCUUGUAGCCCAAAUGGGAUUACAGCUUUCAAAGGGUUUCUCACCUACACUAAUAAGCAAGUUUUGGGAACUGGAGAAGUAUCUAGCCUGAUGGAUCGUGGUCUCUUCCAUGAGGUUUCAAGUCCAGGAGCAAUCUCUAAUUUAUUUACUCAUUUAUUUUCUUUAAUUUAUCUAUUGCUUGUCAUGUCAUGUGCUUCCAAGUGAUGUACAAAAUCAGCAUAGCUUUUGUACAAUUCAGUUAUAGUUAAAAAGUAAUAGUUGAAAUAAUAUGUAGUCCACAUUAAAGACUAACAAUAAGAGGCAGAAGACUACCACCGCGAAAAAUUAUCAAAUAAAAAGUUUUCUCAAUCAGAUUUGUGCAUAUUUUAUUUGUAGUUGUAUGUUUUUCUCAGAGGACUGAUUGCUUUGCAGUUUCUGUUUCCAUAUGUGCUAAGCUCAAGUUCAGGGUCUAGUUUUUACUUCUCGUUGAGAUGCAGGUGGUGUUGAUUGAACGUGCUCUUCUCUUCCAUGUCCUAGUCACUGCUCAAGAAGAGAUUAAAACUAUCUUGAGGCAAUUUAUUAAUAUGACACACAAGGAGUGCCUCUUGCAAGUUACUGCACGUGAAAGCAUAGUUUAAAACAAUGUUGUUUUAAAAUUAUCAUGCUUUUGUGUAUACUAAUUCUAAAUUAACUAAUCAGAUGAAGUAAAGUUUUCUGGAAGUAAAUUCAGCAAAAUGAAUUAGUCAGGCAAAAGCCUUUACAAACCUAGGAUUCAGAAAAAUUGAGUGUACUGUAUGUAUGUGGAGUUUGAGCACCUUAUUGGGAAUAUGUAAAACUAAUGCUAUGAAAAAUCUGAUUUAAAUUUCUUAAAAUGUUUCAUUCAGUUCACUUUUCCCCACAGGCUUCCUCAGUUUAAAUCCCUAUAUUUAAAUUCCCUUAAUAGCUAUUUUUCACUCUAUUGACAUUCCUAGACUAAUAUAUAUUGCAAGGACAAUUAUUCAUAAAGUCUUUUAUUAAGGCAGAAAGAUACGAUAAGGUGGCCUUUUUAAAAAUGUAAAAUAGCACUUUCAUUGAUAGAUUUCUCUGCUUGUUCUAUUGGCAUGAGAACUAGAUGCAUCAGUGCAUGUUACAUGCCUUCAUAAUGAAUAACUGGCUAAUGAAUGUUCACUAGCCAGCAGCAUAAUCCAUAGCUUGAUUAUAUCAAAAAUGCCCCAUCUAUUGCCAGGAGUUUAUGCAACAACACUUUUAAACUGUCAAUUCAGCUUUGCCUUUUGACUGUCAGGUUUCUUAUCUUCAGCGUUCACCUGGGCUUCUGUUAUCUGUCUUCUGGAAGAUUUCAAAACAUUGCCUAGAUAAUAUGAGGAAAUUGGCAACAUGCCCCCAUAGUCACUGCUCUGAGUUAUCUUUCCAUUUGGAAGCUGAACAGAUGCAUAGCUAUUGGAAAGGUAGCUGCAAUCAAGAUGAUGAAGGAGAACAAAACAUUUUUGCAUGACAUUUAAACAGGAUUGGAUUGGAUUGGAUUGGAUUGGAUUGGAUUAUUUGGCCAAAUGUGAUUAGACAUAGAAAGAAUUUGGUUUUGAUACAGAAGUUCCCAGUAUAUAUGCACAGCAACAGAUUAAUAAUCAUAAUACAAAUAAGAGGGGGUAAUGAAUAUAAAGAUAAUAAUAAUCAAUAAAUAGUAACUUGUAAUUUAGGACUUUCCUACCAUGCAGUCAUAUUGGUUUUUACCAGUUUGAGCAGGGGGUUGGAUUAGAAGACCUUCAAGGCCCCUUCCUACUGUUAUUCUGUUCUGUUCUGAAAUAGGCAACUGUUUCUCUUGCUCUUUAAUAUGAGAAUUUUUCUCUAGUUUCCUGUCCCUGUUCUUGGAUGCAGGAAUUUCCAGCACAGAUCCAUUUUUCUACUAUGCAUUUGAUGUAUUCAGUCUUGGUGUUUUUUUUCUUUUACCAUAAGCCAUAAGCAAAGGAAUAACCAAUAAUCAUAGAAAGUGGAGAAAGUAUUUUCUGUUCUAUUGGGUCUGUCAAAACCUCCAAAUUCUGAGAUAUAUUAAACUUGCUCAUAACUUAUAAGAUAGCUUGACAGCUGUUGUUUGCAUCCUUUUCUCUAUUAUAUAGCGUUUUCCCCUCUGUGCUAAUAGUUCGUAGUUUCUGAUCCUCUGCAAAAGAAAAAUAAAACACCUGCAGGAUCCAAUGUGGAUCAGUCACGGGGUGCAAAGAUUUACUCUUCCAAGCUUUCAGAUUCAUACUGGAACCCAACCUCAGGGAACUUUUCUCUCACCAGAAUAUGACAUCAGACACAUUCUGGUAUGGGCUCCAGCAUGAGUCUGAAAGUUCAGAAGACUCUAAACCUCUGGUCCAGUGACUGCAAUAUCCUGGGGCACAUAUAUUUGCUUUCAUUCGUGAAAGAAACUCUCAGUCAAAUAAUCUACCAGUCUUAAACUUUCUCCUUUACCAGUUUUCUUUUCUCUUGAGCCUAUUAUCAUAUUCUAGGCGUAGCCCAACCAGUGUCUCUCUAUUACUUGACAGGCACAUUUUUUAGUGACUUAAAUUAGCUUAGCGAAAGGAGAGUUAUAUUGGAAGCUGGAAUUAUCAGAAAGGCUCUUUAACUAUCUUACAGUAGAAUUGUGAAAGGAAAGAUUCAGUUUAUUUAGAAUUAGUUUCAAGCCCGUGAAGACGAGACAAAUUGGAUUUAAGAAAGUAUUUUCUAAGAGUGUUAAACAGUACAAUAUCAACUGAUAUAGAGAGGAUUUGCUUGCUCUGCUAUAUUUUAACAGGCAGUUUCUAUCCAAAGUAGACACUGUUGAAAAUAAAGUAUUAUAAUGCUAAAAUAACUAGUUCCUGUUAUUAUUUACAUAUUUUUUCAAGUCAUUCAGGUAAGUUAAUAAACUAGAGUUUAGUCUUCCAUUCCAGAAUAAUCUGCUGGAACCAUAAAAGAUCCAUAACUGAAGAGUUCUCUCUUUUAACAUCAAUUGAAAUUAUUUCCAAUCAAAAUAAUUACCAUUGUGCAACAUUUUUAAAUAGAACAGUAAUAAUAAGAAAUUAUAUUUGUACAAAUCAAAUUUUAGUCUAUCGUCAUACAUCAAUUAUACAGAGUAGGAAAUAAUGUAGGAAUGUCUAAGUCAAUAGUUACUUUUAUUUCAAAUACUUUGAUCCCAGAAUGCUAGAAAUAGCCAAAACAUAUAGAAAUUGUUGUAAAUCGUAUAGUCAUUUAGGUGAAAUGGACAGUGUAGGAAUAAAUAAAUAAAUAAAUAAUAAGUAAAUUGAAUGAUAAACUCGUGUAUUUGAACUACCAGUUCCUAAAUUCUGCAAGACAGUUUAUACAAUAACAUCCAUCUCAACUCUUGAAGAAUAGAAAAGUCAUUUGAAUAUGUAUAGGUAGAACCAAUAGCUUCAUUAAGCGAAAGCCUUGAAGCCUAAUGGUUUAGAAGUCUGCUUAAGAAAUUGCAAAUAUUCUUAAGACUUAAUGUAAGAAUUUACUCUAAGAGUUGCUUUCUAAAUAGAGAAAUAUAAAUGGCUGUUCUUGAUUAGAUUAAAUUGGGUAGAAUAUUGGAAAUCAAUUUAGUUUAAAGCAGGGGUGUCAAACUCACCUCACGUCGUCACCUGACAUAUCAGGAUGUUUUCUCCCUUUGCUAAACCAAGGGUGGAUGUGGCUGGCACAUGACACAUCCGACCCGUGGGUUGUGAGUUUGAUACCCCUGCUUUAAAGGCUAGAUUCGUAGAACACUGAAAUACAGGAUUGCUAAUCAGUUAUAGUCAAGCUUUUUAAAUAGUAAAUUCUAUAAAAAUUAAACCACUUUAAUAAUAAUAAUAUUAUUAUCUAUUGAUGUCAAAGAUUUCUUGAGGCUUAAUUUACAGUCUUUUGUCUUGCUGAUUUUAAUGAGUCUGUUCUUAAAACUGGAUUCAGGCUCUAGUGCUACAGAUUGUGUUAGAAAACAGUUUUAGGCUGGGGUUGGCCAGAGUUUUGAAAUCACCUGCUUGAAAAUUCAGGGGGGAAAGGAUAUUAUUUAAGAACAGUACAUUUGGUCUUUUGCAGUACCAACAUGAUUCUUAUUUUUAGUAUUUUUCUAGUGUUAACAAUUA